GACAUCUCGACACCUCUCUCCCAACAAACAUCUUGUUCGACACUUUCAGCGAUGCCUGCAGGCCACCCACUUAUCUCGCCAACGGACUCAUCGCAGUUGGCCGAUGACACUCCCCAAAUAAAACGUUGUUCUGGCUGUCAAGGGCCACUUAAUGCUGAGGCACCAACGGCCACCCAAUUGUACUCGCCCGAGUCCAUCGAGAACACCAAUCUUUGCAACGCAUGCAGGGACUCACGGACUGUAACAUGUUCUCCACUCGUCGUCUACCCAGGGCUCUCGGUUGUUGCGGAUGGAGUCCGGGAGAUCGACGUCUCGCGCCGUGUCAUCCGCAACGUCAAACACGACAACAUGCCCAUGUGUAUUGACGGGCUACUUGAGACGGAUUCCUCAUCUAGUGACGAAGAGAGUGAACCGCACGGGGAGGGAAGGAGUGCCUUUGCUAUUGACAAUUCGUGUCAAAUUAAUCCCAGUAGUGUUCCACAGAGCUCCCUCUCCAUACCUAUCCCUGUUUCGACAUCCUCACUCCAGCGCUCCUAUCCUCAGCGCAACGUCUCUCCUAGAUCUGUUUCCCCUACUUUGCGUUUUAUUCCCCCAAGAUCCCCGGUUCGGCAAACAUACCCAUCCUCAGGACAAAUACAUCCCACACUUACACACGACAUCGAUCAUGACGACGGAUAUCCCGACCCUCUCGUAGAUAUAACUAGACUGCGGGUGCGUUCGAAGGGUUACAGAUGUCUUCAGCCCGGUGCCACGUUCAGAGGCACUCAGAAAAGCGGGCGGAAUAGCUACGACGUCAACGUCACCAUUGUUGAUGUUGACUUUGCUUCCUCAUUUUUGUGCGGAUAUCUGUGCAUCCGCGGGUUGACGGACGACUGGCCGGAACUUACCACGUAUUUCGAUGCACAGAUCAUUGGUAUGCGCCACGGUUUCGACACUCAGGAUUGGGGCGCCUCCCGGCAAGAGGACAUGGUACAUUGGGCUCGGUUCCCGGCGUUCCGCGCGCUGCAAAAGGAAUUGAUUGAACCUCGAAUGCUGCUGCCUGCUAAUACUUCCCGCCCUGCCGUGUUCAUGCGUUGGAAAGAACGGUUCCUCGUCCCGGAUCAUCGAGUGGAAGACAUCAGUGGCGCUAGUUUUGCUGGGUUUUACUACGUCUGCGUAGAUUUCGAUCCAGAGCCUCAAUCCACUCCUCCGUCUUCUCGGGUGUUAGCGGAUGAGCUUCCGGUUUGCAUGGAAAGCGGAUUUGCGUCUUAUCCGGAAGAACCUUUACCAGAGCCUCGUGGCGGCGCGAAUGAGGAAUUGAGCAGCCGAAGACAGAAUCCCUGGGAUGAGCCUGCUGAGGUGCCUACAGCGAGGAUGUGUGGUUUCUAUUACCACAAGAACUCUGAGCCAUCGCUUCCAUUCGAGCUUCGAGUUUCGCUGAGACUCGAUCGAGGUGGUGGCGGAGCUGAGGAUUGGUAUGGAUCGAUCGAAGGUGGUCGUAGUCGUUUUAGUCUGGUUAGAAUGGCGAAAAAAAUUAAGAAACGAAAAGGAAGCGAGACGGUUACGAAAGCAGACGUUGAUGUCGGCGGUAUCUUGUUAAUCAAUGUCAGUGUUGGUAAUAAGAAAUAG